AUGGAGGAAAACGAUCAGUCACAGAAUAUCCCUUUGUUAUGUCGUAAGGGAUGCGGAUUUUAUGGUAGUCCCAGUUUCGAUGGAUUUUGUUCAAAAUGUCACCGAAGUAUGCAGGCUCAAGCUGAAAGUGCUCAGGCUGUGUCCAGAGUAACCUCUGAAUUCGACGAUAAACUAUCUUCGGAAAGGAGUAUGAAAAUCACUGGAUCAUCUGCUGAAAAUUCUCCAAAACGUGAAUCCUCGUUGGUACCUCCCGUGACCAUUAAGAUUUCUGCCGAAUCCCAUUCAGAUUCUUCACUUGACGUUAAACAUGAGUCUAACUUUACUUCUUCAGCCCCCGAAUUAAAUGCAGAAGCCGACGUGUCCGCUGGUGGGUUACCAGACUCCUUGAAUGAUGAUUUAAGGUCGGAUAGUAAAGCGGACUCACCUGCAUCGACGUGCUCCUCUGGACCAGUUACCAAAACCAGACCACGCUGUGCCGUUUGUAAUAAACGUGUGGGUUUGACAGGUUUCUCUUGUCGCUGUGGUGGCCUAUAUUGUAGUCUGCAUCGUUAUUCUGAUGCGCACGAUUGCUCCUUUGACUAUCGGGAGUCAGGUCAAGAAGAAAUCCGUCGUUCCAACCCCCAGAUUGUUUGCCAAAAGGUCCAAAAAAUUUGA